CUCCAAAAAUUUAAAGAGCGAAAUGGAACCUGUCAGAUAAAGCUUCAUGGAGAAGCAGGUUCUGUUGAUGAGAAUAUUAUUACUAAAUCCUUAUCUUUAUUGCAAAGUAAAUGCUCCGAAUACUCUCUUGACCGGCGCAAAAAAAAUAAGGAACGUAUUUCUGUGCCGUUAUGUGCGAAUGCUGAUGGAUUCUAUAAGUUGGCCCCUCUUAUAAUUGGCAAAUAUGCCAACCCCGAUGUUUCAAAAAU